AAAUAUAUAUACACACCAACCAAAUGAAAUGCGUCGAGAUAAACAAAAAAUAAAUUUAUUAAACAGGAAAAGGGGCUCACGAUUCACCCACGUAGGUACUGGGAAGUGGAAACCCUAAUCGUAGCUGCGACGACGUUAGCUGAUCUGCAGAGAAAAUCAAUUAUGGCGGAUGAGAACGUGACCACGCCGGCAGAAGCUAGCCCCGUUACAUCCGCCACCGCCGCCGGAGAUGGCCACAAGAGGAAGCUCGAGGAUUUUGAGCACAGCGAAGCGGUUGCGGAGUCCGAGAACAACUCGGAUCGUGACGCGUUGGAGAACGGGUCGCAGGAGGAGGGGAAUGGCGCUGUGGAUGAAUCUGAGGCUAAACGGCCCCGUUUGGAGAGCAAUGGCGAUAAUGUUGCGGAGGCAGAUUUCUCAGCUCCACAGAAUGGACACACAGAAGAGGAGAAAGAAGAUGAACCUAACGAGGAGAAAGAAGAUGAACCUUGCGAGGAGAAAGAAGAUGAACCUACAGAGGAGAAAGAAGAUGAACCUACAGAGGAGAAAGAAGAUGAACCUACAGAGGAAAAAGAAGAUGAACCUAAAGAGGAGUCUGAGCAGCCUAAGCCUGAGGAUAAUGAUUGCCAGUCUUUGGUGGGCCAAGAACCUGUCGAAGAGCCUCCUGAGACAACCACUAAAGAAACAGUUCCUGAUGACUAUGAGAAAACUGAUGUUGGAAGUGCUGAAGAACCAGCACAAUCAAAUGCAGAAUUUGAAGAAGAGACCUCCCAUCUCCCGAGAGAGGGGGAUGUUCCAGUUGAGUCUGCUGACAGGCAGCCAGGUUCAGAUACAAUACUGUCGCGCAAAAUGGAGGUUCCCAAUGACAAAGUUGGAGUUCUAAUAGGUAAGGCAGGGGAUACAAUUCGGUCCCUGCAGGAUAAUUCUGGUGCCAAAAUUCAGAUUGUGAGGGAUGCGGAUGCAGAUCCACGAGCAGCAUCCAGGCCUUUAGAACUAGUUGGGACCUUGGAAAGUAUAAACCGGGCAGAAAGGUUGAUAAAAGAUGUGAUUGCAGAGGCUGAUGCUGGAGGUUCACCCUCACUUGUUGCUCGAGGAUUCAGCACUGUUCAGGCUGCUAGUGGUGGUGAGCAACUUGAAAUUCAAGUUCCAGUUGAAAAGGUUGGUUUAAUAAUUGGGAAGGGUGGAGAAACAAUCAGAAAUUUGCAGACAAGAUCUGGGGCACGCAUUCAGCUGAUACAACCAAAUGGUGCUGAAGACCAAUCUAGUGAGAAGAUGGUCCGUGUGACUGGUAACAAGAAGCAGAUUGAGACUGCAAGAGAAAUGAUCAAAGAAGUUAUGAAUCAGACCGUAAGACCAUCACCUCUUUCUGGAGGAUACAACCAGCAGGGAUAUCGUCCACGUGGACCUCUUGCUCCACAAUGGGGACCCCGGGGCUCUCACCAUGCGCAAUUCUCUGGUUAUGAUUAUCCAUACAGAGGACAAUAUCCUUCUCAGAGUUCACAAUAUCCUCCAUCAUACGGUAAUUACCCUCCUCCACAGGCUCCAAGAAGCAACUUUGGUCCAAGCUGGGAGCAAAGACCUCCAGCAUCAAUGCAUGGACCUCCACCUCAGGGCAAUUACAAUUACGGGCAGCAGCAGGGCCCAGAUUAUGGGCAUUCAGCUCCUUACCCUCAAGCUCCUUCACAACCAUAUGGACAUGGGUAUAACGAGGCUAAAUAUGACCACCCUGCUUCCGCACAACAUUAUGGGCACAUGAGCUCUCAGCCAACACCAUAUGCCCAGGGUGGUGCCCAUUCGGGUUACGGUCAUCAGGACCAAUAUGGUAAGCCACCCAUGUACGGCAUGCAGGCACAAGUACCUCAUUCUCAGCCCUAUGGUCAGCCUAGGCCUAAUCAGCCUGGAGAAGGGCCUUACCAAGGUCCUGGUUCAGCCACUCAACCGUAUGGUCAGAACAUGCCGUCUCAACAGUCUUACCCCUAUGGGUCAAGUGCGCCUAUGCAACAAAAUUAUCCUCCCUACGGGGGUACCACUGAUGGAUAUGGCCAUACUCCCGCUACAGCAUCUGCUUAUCCUACUCAAGGUGGUCAGCCUGGUUAUGGUCAGCCAGGAGCUCAACAGCCACCUGCGUAUUCUCAGGCAGCACCUGCAGCAGGGGGUUACGGUUCAUACCCCACAGCUCAACCUGGUUAUGCCGAGCAACCAGCUGCCAAUAAUACAACAUACGGGUACCAAGGGCCCACAGAUCCAGCUUAUGGUGCUGCCCAAGCAACUGCAGCUUAUCCUGCGACUGCUGCUGGACAGUCAGGUUAUGCACAAACUCAGCCUACCUACGAUCAGUCUGGCGGCUAUGGAAACGUGUCUGCACCAGCAGCAGCUUAUGGUAAGAGCGCGUCGCCCCAGGCUGCAUAUCAACAAUACGAUUCUAGUCAGAUGUAUGGUGCACAUCGUUGAAUUUUGGUUAGUGAAAUGAUGAGAGGGAUGUGGUAGAGUGGACUUGAUAGCUGUAGUAUGCUGACAUCCAAACAGUUGAAACCAGUGCCAGUGAUCUUCUGAUUAGUUAAAACUUGUAAUCGUUCAUCGAUGUCGUUCUGACUCCUUCCAUCUUGCUUCUGCAAGUUCCUCCUCUGGUAGGUUCCAUGUGAGACACAGUAUAGAGAUUCUGCAAAAUUUGACAUUAAGGCGAAUGGCAGCUUGAGUUCAUUUCCUCUUCCGAUUCAUAUUUUUGUGCUUUUUAUUUGUGGCAAUGUAUUGUAAACAUUUGUGUAAUUGUCACUUGAAAGAUACUUAUUCUAUUUCUA